GUGUGUACGACAUGCGUAUAUUGUUAGUGCGUUUUUAUAUUCGAAUGUGGAUUAGCCCUCGGGCUUGGGCCGGUCGCCUGUAGGCGCAUGUCGAAGUAUAAAAAGUGUCGCGGGUCAGUAAAUGUCAUAGUCCACCAUCGACGAUCACAUCAGCAACAAUGGCCGCUAAGUUCGUCACUAUCCUCUCCCUGGCCGUGGCCGCGUCCGCGAUCCCGUUGGUGCCCCUCGCGAAGGUGGCCUACGAGGAGGCGCCCGCCCACUACGAGUUCCAGUACUCCGUGGCGGACCACCACACCGGCGACAUCAAGCAGCAGCAGGAGUCGCGUGCCGGCGACGCCGUGCACGGCUCCUACUCGCUGCUGCAGCCCGACGGCGUGCAGCGCAUCGUGGAGUACACCGCCGACAAGGAGCACGGCUUCAACGCCAUCGUCCGCUACGAGGGACACCCCACCGAGGCGCCCCACAAGGUCGCCCUCGCCCCCGUCGCCAAGCUCGCCUACGCCGCUCCCGUCGCCAAGAUCGCCUACGCCGCUCCCGUAGCCAAGGUAGCCUACGCUGCCCCCGUAGCCAAGGUCGCCUACGCCGCCCCCGUCGCCAAGGUCGCCUACGCCGCCGUCCCCGCUCAUGUCUCCUUCUCUUCCCCCGUCAUCUCCUACCACCACUAUCUAGUGGUGGUAGGAGAUGACGGGGGAAGAGAAGGAGACGUGAGCGGGGGCGGCGGCGUAGGCGACCUUGGCUACGGGGGCAGCGUAGGCGACCUUGGCUACGGGGGCAGCGUAGGCUACCUUGGCUACGGGGGCAGCGUAGGCUACCUUGGCUACGGGAGCGGCGUAGGCGAUCUUGGCGACGGGAGCGGCGUAGGCGAGCUUGGCGGAGGGGGCGAGGGCGACCUUGUGGGGCGCCUCGGUGGGGUGUCCCUCGUAGCGGACGAUGGCGUUGAAGCCGUGCUCCUUGUCGGCGGUGUACUCCACGAUGCGCUGCACGCCGUCGGGCUGCAGCAGCGAGUAGGAGCCGUGCACGGCGUCGCCGGCACGCGACUCCUGCUGCUGCUUGAUGUCGCCGGUGUGGUGGUCCGCCACGGAGUACUGGAACUCGUAGUGGGCGGGCGCCUCCUCAUCACAACCUUCUUCUGCAUGGUAGCAGCGGCCGCGGCCGUGGUCGUGGAGGUCGCCCCCGCGGCAGUCCAGGUCGCGCCCGCCGCCAAGGUGGUCUACGAGGAGCCCGAAGCCCCCGCCCAGUACGAGUACGAGUACUCCAUCCAAGACCAACUCACGGGAGACUCUAAACAAGCCAAAGAGAACCGCAAUGGAGAUGCUGUCCACGGAUUCUACUCUCUCGUUCAGCCCGAUGGUGUGCAGCGCAUUGUUGAGUACACUGCUGAUAAGAUCCACGGGUUCAACGCUGUGGUUCGCUACGAGGGAGUGCCCCAGAAGGUCGCGUACGCGGCUGCCCCCGCUCCGGUAGCCUACGCUCAGCCGGUUGCCAAAGUUGCCUACGCCCCUGCGCCAGCCCCAGUGGCUUAUGCCCAACCUGUCGCCAAAGUAGCGUACGCUCCUGCACCAGCUCAAGUGACUUAUGCUCAACCUAUUGCCAAAGUAGCGUAUGCUCCGGCGCCGGCACCAGUGGCCUAUGCCCAACCUGUCCCCAGAGUAGCCUACGCUCCUGCGCCUGCUCAAGUGGCUUAUGCUCAACCAAUUGCUAAAGUAGCUUACGCCCCGGCGCCAGGUCCCGCUGUAACCUACUCGCAACCCAUCGCGUACGCGCAACCAGCUCACGUGGCCUACGCCCAGCCCGUCGCUAAAGUCGCGUACGCACCUGCUCCCGUGGCGUACGCCCAAGCCCCGGCCGCUCACCACGUGGCCUACGCGCCGGCCCCUCAAGCCUACCCCGCCCACGUCGGCCAUGUCACGUACUCAUCGCCAUCUGUCUCAUACCAACAUUAAGUAAUUGUUAAGUUAGUAAGUAUUUAUUUUAAUACAUCACUAUAGCCAAUUGAUCGAA